AUGUUGUGCUUGAUAUUGAUUCUCACAACUUCAGCACUCAGAAUUCCAAAAAAUUUUCUGAUUUCAAACUUAGAGAGAACAAUUACUUUAACUAAUAAAUAUAUUGAGGUCAAAUCAAAAGUAUAAACUGAAAUUAUAUUCAGAUCACAUUCCAAAAUGAUGGAGUAAUUCCAAUAGAAAAAAUUUAUUAUACUAUUCAUAACGCCUUAAGUGAUAGAUUAUAUCAUGUAGAAAUUGAAAAUAGCAAAUCUUAAUAAAGAAUUGAAGAUAUUGAUGUUAAAUAUAAAUAAAAUGCGACAGUUUAUGAAUUCAUUCUUAAAAGAGCAAUAGAGCCAUCUAAUUCUGAAGAGAUUGAAUUAAAUGAGCAAUAUUUCAAGCGAUUUAAAGCAUUGCCUAAAGAAAUUGGAUUAGAGGUAUUUUUUUUGAAAAAGAAAAUAGGAGGAGUAAUAUGUAUAAUUUAUGGAUUCUGUUUAUUUUUUUACUCCCUAUGUUGUUAGAUCAUAAAUUACUUAUUACGAAACAGAUAAGAUUAUGUAAUUUUAAGAUUAAAUCGUAGUUCUUAUUCUUUAAAAACAGCAACACAAAGAAAUUAACUUUUAGAAUUUGGACCUUAUUUAGAUAUUAAACCAUUUUCAACUUUAAUCCACACAAUACAUUUAGAAAAUAAUUCUCCUAUGGUUAUUUUUACAUCAUCUCAAAAAAAUAUUGAAGUGUCUCAUUGGGGCAAUAUUUAAAUAGAAGAGCACUAUUCAGUCGAAAAUCAAGGUGCUAAAUUGAAGGGAGAGUUUGGAAGAGUAAAUUUUAAUAAAUAUAAUCCUACAGUUGGAAAACAUUCUUUGAAAUAAUUAACUGCUUAAUUGCCUUAUGAUUGUUGGGGAAUAUAUUAUCGGGAUGAAAUUGGUAAUAUUUCUACUUCAAAUGCAAUUAAAGGAGUAUAUUUUAAUUAUUUAUAACUUUAGAAAUUAAAUGGUGAAUAAUAGGCACAAAUUUAAUUAAGACCAAGGUUUGCAAUUUUUGGUGGUUGGAGAAGUAAUUUUACUUUAGGCUACAAUUUACCAACAAAAAAGUUUAAAUUCUUAUGUAUUUAAUAGAUAUUUAGAACAAAAUGAUGAUAAUUAUAGAUUAACAUUAAAUUUCUCUUUUUCUGUAAAGGAAAUGGUUUCAGAGAAAUAUGAUUUUUAAAUCACUUUGCCAGAGGGUGCCUAUGAUAUUGAAGUAGAAUUACCAAUUGAAGUGAAAAGAAAUGAUACUUUAUUAUUUUCUUAUUUUGAUACAAUAGGAAGACCAACAGUUAUUCUUGAAAGAGCAGUAACUAGUUAAUAUGAUAAUAAACAAAUCAUAGUAAAUAUUUUAUUUAUGAUUUAUAGAUUAAAUACAAGUUUUCAAGUCUCCAAAUUCUUAGAGAACCAUUAAUGAUAUUUGGAACAUUCUUACUAAUAUUUCUAACAAUCAUAUAUUUGAGAAGAUUAAAUUUACAAACAUUAAAGCUAAAAGAAUGAUUGAAAAUAAUAAC